CGGGGCGGGGCGCCGAGAAAGACCGGAGCCCGCCGCCCGCCGCCCAGAACUCGCAGCGCCUCCGCCGCCGGACGCCCGGUCCUCGCCAGUCCCGCGAACACACGGCAAAAAUGUCCAGCCCUACUGAGACUGAGAGGUGCAUCGAGUCUCUGAUUGCUGUUUUCCAGAAGUUUGCUGGAAAGGAGGGUAACAACUGCACACUCUCCAAGACAGAGUUCCUAACCUUCAUGAAUACAGAACUGGCUGCCUUCACAAAGAACCAGAAGGACCCUGGUGUCCUUGAUCGCAUGAUGAAGAAACUGGACCUCAACGCUGACGGGCAGCUAGAUUUCCAAGAAUUUCUUAAUCUUAUUGGUGGCAUGGCCAUGGCUUGCCAUGACUCCUUUACAAGGUCUGCCCAUUUCCGGAAGUAAAUCAGAGGGGCUCUUGGGCCUUGGCCUCCAGACCACCUCUUUCCUUCAAAACAGCCUCCCAAUCAUCACAUCCUCCUCACAUCCUCCACGGACCCCGAGCCCAGAGCAUCCACCACCCCCUGUGCAGGCCAGUCCUGCUGGUAGUUAAUAAAGCAAUAGCUUUUUUUAAAGCACACACUAGAGAGUCAGUACAUUUGUGCCAGGGAGGAAGCAGCAUGGGAGGAAUGGAAUUAACGUGAUGGAAGCAGUUCCCAGAGCUGCACAGUAAAUAGUGAAAAUACACACUGCGUGUAGAUG